AUGCGUUCAAAAAAGCACGAUGCCAACGCCGUCGAAGCCAUACCACAUCUCGAUACCGAGACAUACCAUCAUCUGAUACCUAGAUCGUCCGCGCAGUCGAGGUUGUCGAGCGGAGAUGGGUUCUAUACCUCGAACGCGUUGCACACCUUCGAGAAGGGGCUCCAAGAGGAUCGGCCGUCUGGGAACGUCGCCGUCUUGAUGGAGACCAACACGUCCGCCGUGCCGAACCUCGUGCCCAUAGUCCUUCACUUCGCAUCGGUCCUGGGACCGAACUGGCCCAUCGUGCUUGUCACGCUCGAGAGCACCUGGGUAGUGCCCGAGUCGCCGGCCUUCAGGCGUCUCAUGGACGCAAAUCAGAUACGGAUCACCUACCUCCCGGCCACGACCAACAUCUCCGACCACCACUCCGUCUCCGUCUUCCUCACAGAGCCGUGGUUCUGGGAGCAGUUUGUCAGCUCGCACCGCAUGCUGAUCUUCCAAGUGGACAGCAUACUGUGCUCCAAGGCCCCGAUGACGAUGGAAGACUUUCUGGAGUGGGACCUGGUCGGCGCGCCAAUCACGGUGUACGGGAUCGGAUACAACGGCGGCCUCUCUCUGCGCAACCCGAGGCUGAUGCUUGACAUCGUGAACGAUCCCUCGGUCAGUCUCGGGCCUCGCGAUUACGAGGACCAAUGGUUCUACGCAAGGGCUCAGGAGCGCGGCGCCCAUCUGCCCAACACGGAGCAGGCGUUGAAGUUUGCGGUAGAGACGACGUAUUACAAGACGCCUUUGGGAUACCAUCGACCAAAGCCGUUCCAAGGGGAGCACUGGGACGAGAUCACGGAAUGGUGUCCCGAGGUGGGCUUGCUGUGGGGGCACAGGUUUACCGAGUGA